AUGUCAAAGAAGAAGAAAUCCUCAACGCGCUCAAGAUCCAGGAACCAGUCGAGAGGCAAGAUGAAGCUACGCAGUCAUAGAAAGAUCAAGAACGCAGGGCCCAAUCUGGAGACAACCGCUGCCAUGCUUCCGCAGGAAAUGAAAAACCGCAUCUAUGGGCUCGUUCUUGGCGGCAACUUGCUGCACAUCAAGCGAGACCUAAUAAAAUUCAAACGCGACGUCGUCCACUCAACCAAAGGAGAUAUCAAGGAGCGGCGCUUCACCCAUCAGAUCUGCUGCUCGCAAACUUCCGAGGAGGACGCUCAGCAUCGCUUCGAUGCCGAAGAUGGCAGCAGCUUAUACGUCAAGGGCAUCGAACUGCGCCACUCGGGUUGCGGUCCUUCCAAGCGCAAGGGCAGCGCUUACACUCCCCUCAGGAUGGACGUCAACCUGCUUCAUGCCUGCCGCCAAAUCUACAACGAAGCGCGGUUCAUGCCCUACUCCACCAACACGUUCUCUUUCCACACGCCCCGCAAUCUUCGAACCUUUAUACACCUGCUCGUUCAAUGCGGCGUGAACGUCAAUACAGCGUUUCGCAGCCUGCACGUCGACAUAGCUCACAUCAAUCACGAUCUUCACGGAUGGGGUCAAGCGUUCAACGCCGUCACGCAGCACAUGACGCUACUCGAGAAAGUCUAUAUCAAUGUGGAUCAGCGACCCAACUGGUCUAUUUGCGCCGACGCUGAGCAGAAGGAAGCAGCAAUGAGGCCGGUGUUGGACUGCCUUGCGAUUCUUGGGAAGACGCCGGCUAAGUCCACGAUGAUCGUUGUGAGCGACCGUCACCUUUCAAGAAUGUCAGAUGCAAAUCUCGCGGGGGCUUCCACUGCUUGGAUCUCGUGUCGCUGGACUGUGGAGGAGAAGAAAAUGUGGGUCGAGGAGGUGAAACUGGCAAUUCAAGACACGCAGUUCUUCGGUUGA